GCACCGGGACGGGUGCAAUGGGAAGACACACAAAGUACGGAGGUUACGUAAUUGACAGAAGCAGAGUGCGAACUUAUGUAGUGCCACGUGGAUUGGACGAGUUCCAACUUCGUCCAUAUGUAUCAACGAAAACACCAAUGUUGAAAUACCCGAUGACUCCAGCAAAAUAUUUCAAUCUGGUAAAAAGAACGAAAAACGAAUCGCAAAAACUUGCUAAACAACAACGACAAGAACAGCAGCAAGAACCAAUCUCGACUUCUAUCGACUCGGAAGUAUAA